UCCACCUCCUCCUCUUCCUCCUAUUUCUCACCGCAUCUCCUCCACCACCUGCCACAGCAGCAACGCAGCGAUGGAGAGCCCCUGCAAAUGAUUAUAAGCUCACGGAAGACUACACUUGAGAAAGAGGGGAAGAGAGACAGACACAGAAGAGAGGACUGGUAAAGAGGGAGACGUAGAGAGACAAGCGGAAACAGAAACAUAUGGUUUGUCUGAGGAGCGGCUGUUUCUGAGGAUUGCUGAACCGGACUGAAACUUAUUCAACCACCGUGAUCAACUAAAAGGCACAUUUUGAUUAAUCCGUCUUUAUUUUUGGACAUUUCUUCGCCUUAUUUCCGUGUGCUCUCACCUGUAUGAGGCUCUGCUUCUACACUUGUGUUUGAUUAGUUUGUGCGGGGUGGACUGCGGUUGUUGCACCUCCCUGAACGCGCACACACAUACACACACACACAUACACACCACAGUGAUCAUCACAAGACGCGGUGCAGCCUACCAAAGCUUCUUGCAAGGAGGAAAUUGAAUUAGACAAGUUAUUCCCACAGAAGAGGACAAGAGUGGUUUGGUCUCUGCCUUCACUUCAUUUCCCCGCUGAUCACCGUGUCUCCUCAGUGGACAACAGGAGCCCCCCUUCUCUUCUCCCAGCCCCCUACCCCCCAAACCUGUGAGCCAUGUCUGGACAGACUGUGACCAUCCCGGACGACCGGGCGUUCGCCAGCUUCAAGGCGGAGUGUCUGUGCGAGGAAGGCUGGAGUACGAACCACAACAAGGGGGGCAUCACGGUGUGGACCCAGGCUCUGGAGGAGGGGAAGUCCAUCCACAAAAUUAAGUGUCGGAUGGUGUGUAAAGACGUGUCAGCUGAGACCAUGUAUGAUGUGCUCCAUGACAUUGAAUACAGAAGGAAAUGGGACACAAACGUCAUUGAGACUUUUGAUAUCGGGAAACUGACAGUCAACGCGGAUGUCGGUUACUACGCAUGGCAUUGUCCGAGUCCUCUCAAGAACCGAGACGUCGUCACGCUUCGUUCCUGGCUGCCAAUGGGGAAAGAUUACAUCAUCAUGAAUUACUCUGUCAAACAUGCCAAACACCCCCCUAAAAAGGACGUGGUGCGAGCUGUGUCCAUUCAGACUGGCUACUUGAUCCAGAGCCAGGGACCAACCAACCACUGCACCCUUACUUACAUGGCCCAGGUAGACCCAAGAGGUUCGUUACCCAAGUGGGUUGUCAACAAGUCUUCCCACUUCCUUGCUCCUCGCGCGAUGAAGAAGAUCAACAAAGCUUGUUUGAAGUAUUUAGAUUGGAAGCAGAGACACAACCCUGGCUUCAAGCCCUGGCUCUACCCUGAACAGACUACAUUACCCAGCAUCCCACUCUCUGAGCUCAGCAUCCAGCGUGCAGAGAGCCUGGAGAAAAUUGAUGAGAGCUCCCUGGCUGAGACCCAGGAGAGAGACGACAGCGACUAACUACACAGACACACACACAGACACACACACACACACACACAUACACAGAGUCACGUAAUUAUACACACACAAACAGAACUGCAGGGUUACAUGCAUGCCUGACACACAUCCAUAGUUACACUUAUGUAUAUGUUAUUCUAUAUGGAAGUAUGUGUGUGUAUGCACAUGCAGUUGCAUAUGCAGGCAUACUAACAUGCACAUGUAUGGAAUAAUUCAUGCACACAGACAAACACAUACUUGACCAACUCCAUCUCAUGCAUAAUGUAUAAACACAUAGAUGCACUCACAUACACACUGGCCCACUUAGAGAGGGCCCUGAAAAUUAUUUUUUUUACAAGUCAGUAAAUUCAUAUUCAUUGUAAUCAGAAAGCGGCUGUUAAUGCGAUUUUUCAUGCUGCUUCAAGGUAUAACAAAGUUCUCUAAUCGGGACCUUUGCAGAUUCUAACAGCAAAAUAUAUUUUCAGGAAGACUUACUGGUGAAAUGUUUACAGAUUCCCCAGACAGUGGACAU